AUGCACCCUCCAGCAGCACGCCCAGGAUCUGAAGCAGCAGCAGCAGCAGCAGCAGCAGUAGCAGCAGCAGUAGCAGCAGUAGCAGCAGCAGCAGAUGCAGCAGCAGGAGAAACGGCAGAAGAAGAAACAGCAGCAAAGAAACAGCAGCAGCAGCAGCAGCAACAACAGCAGCAAAUGAUACAACACACACACAAACAAAAGAAAAUAAUAAACAAACAGAAGCAACAAGAAGUGCUACAGCAGCAGCAGCAGCAGCAACAGCAGCAGCAGCAGCAACAGCAGCAGCAGAAGCAACAGCAACAAAUAUGCUAG